AGGACGACCCCAACUUCUUCAAGAUGGUGGAGGGCUUCUUCGACCGCGGCGCCAACAUCGUGGAGGACAAGCUGGUGGAGGACCUGCGCACCCGCGAGAGCGAGGAGCAGAAGCGCAAUCGCGUGCGCGGCAUCCUGCGCAUCAUCAAGCCCUGCAACCACGUGCUGAGCGUCUCCUUCCCUAUCCGGCGCGACGACGGCUCCUGGGAGGUCGUGGAGGGCUACCGCGCCCAGCACAGCCAGCACCGCACGCCCUGCAAGGGAGGCAUCCGCUACAGCACUGAUGUGAGUGUGGAUGAAGUGAAGGCACUGGCUUCACUGAUGACGUACAAGUGUGCAGUGGUUGAUGUACCAUUUGGCGGGGCUAAAGCAGGUGUUAAGAUCAAUCCUAAGAGCUAUUCAGAUAGUGAAUUAGAAAAGAUCACAAGAAGGUUCACCAUGGAGCUAGCAAAGAAGGGUUUUAUUGGUCCUGGCAUUGAUGUGCCUGCCCCGGACAUGAGCACUGGCGAGCGGGAGAUGUCCUGGAUCGCGGACACUUAUGCCAGCACCAUAGGGCACUAUGAUAUUAACGCACACGCCUGCGUUACCGGAAAGCCGAUCAGUCAAGGAGGCAUCCACGGGCGAAUCUCUGCAACUGGCCGAGGUGUUUUUCAUGGAAUUGAGAAUUUCAUCAACGAAGCUUCCUACAUGAGUAUUUUAGGAAUGACACCUGGCUUUGGAGAUAAAACGUUUGUUGUUCAAGGCUUUGGCAAUGUAGGCCUGCACACUAUGAGAUAUUUACAUCGUUUUGGUGCUAAAUGUGUUGGUGUUGGGGAAUCUGAUGGGAGUAUAUAUAAUCCAGAUGGUAUUGACCCAAAAGAACUGGAAGAUUUCAAAUUGCAACAUGGAUCAAUUCUGGGAUUCCCUAAGGCAAGAAUAUAUGAAGGAAGCAUCUUGGAAGCUGACUGCGAUAUCCUGAUCCCAGCUGCCAGUGAGAAGCAGUUGACCAAAUCCAAUGCACCCAAAGUCAAAGCCAAGAUCAUUGCCGAAGGUGCCAAUGGACCCACCACUCCAGAGGCUGACAGGAUCUUCCUGGAGAGGAGCAUCAUGGUUAUUCCGGAUCUCUAUUUGAAUGCUGGAGGAGUGACGGUAUCUUACUUUGAGUGGCUGAAGAAUCUAAACCAUGUCAGCUAUGGCCGAUUGACCUUCAAAUAUGAAAGGGAUUCUAACUACCACUUGCUCAUGUCUGUUCAAGAAAGCUUAGAAAGAAAAUUUGGGAAGCAUGGUGGAACGAUUCCUAUCGUCCCAACAGCAGAGUUCCAGGACAGAAUAUCGGGCGCAUCGGAAAAAGACAUUGUGCACUCGGGCUUGGCCUACACAAUGGAGCGGUCUGCCAGGCAAAUCAUGCGCACAGCGAUGAAGUACAACCUGGGCUUGGACCUGAGGACGGCGGCCUAUGUCAAUGCCAUUGAGAAGGUCUUCAAAGUGUACAAUGAAGCUGGUGUGACCUUCACCUAGAUACUGGUGGUGCUUGGCCACCCCCUCCACCUGUACUUUCUGCAGCCCUCAGUUUACAUGUAACCGCAGCAAUCUUUCCCAUGACUCAGUAGAUAAUGGACCACUCUCAACCAGUCAGCCCAAAUCAGCCCUUUAAAAGGAAGCAAGAGAAGGCUAGGGGAUCUUGCACAAGCUGUGCCAGGGAGCCACACAGACAUCUUGCCUCGGACUAGAAAGCCCCUCCUGGGCUGUGGCCUUGCUCCCAGAUCCCAGUCCAUGCUGACCCAGAAGCCUCUGUGAGCUAGCGCUUUUACACACCUAGGUAGUUAUAUGGCAUCCUCAUAAGGUGGCAUGGUCCUCAAGUGAGUUACUUGAGUAAAAGUAUUUUACAUCAACAACAACAAAAAACUCAAUUUCACAAGUUGCAAAGAAAAAUAAAAGCUAUUCCUCUUGUGCAUUUUAUUCUUUUAGAAUAAAAUAUGUACAUGCUGCUGUAAUAAAUUGCCUUUAAUCACUUAACAAGCCUAACCUUGACUCAAGCAGGAAAUGCCUAUAAACAUAAUAAAUGAAGAAAGCUAGUAUUUUUAUAACAUAACAAUAUCAUUUAUAGCUUAUCAGUCUUGUAUUGUCCAGCAGGAACUACAAAACCCAGUGGAGAGUCAUCUUCAUACCUGCAACCACGGAAACUAUUUUUGUUAACCAUCAGGAUUUGCUAAUUAUGACACGUAGUCCAAAGAAUGCAGUAACACCCUUAUCAUAGUAAUUAAUCAGUCUUUCCUCCCCUUUGAAGACCUGUUAUGUUGACUAAUUGGACCGCAGUUGAGGUAGAAUGUCCCAGGAAAAACCACAGACCCUCGCUUGGAGCCCAUCUGCCUCUGAGCACUGUGGAGCCCGCUGGCCUUGCUCCAUCCCAUUCACCACGGACUGGAGGGCUGCGGAAUUCUUUGGCCAAGGCAUUUUGAAAUGUAGUGUCCUAAUGGAAUACUAGAUACUAUUUAUAUAAGGAUGAGUGCUUUUUUUUUUGUUUUUGUUUUUGUUUUUUUAACAAUAAUGCCCUUUCAGAAAUUUCUAACCACUUUGUAACUGCAUGACAACCUGGUGAUAAAAAGUUAUUAAAGUCUACCUUUUCCAGA